GGCCAAGUGUCCUGGGGAAACUUCACAGUUCUGUUACAAGAAUUAAGGGGUGUCCAGAGUGGCAGCAGGUGACCGACCUGCUGAGUGGAUGGCAGCACCAUUAACAAUGUCUCUCCCUCCGGGGGCGUUGAGCAGAGCGGGGGCGUUGCCAGGCUGCCGGAUCCCCUCCGGGCUAACCGAUAAUCCUUGCGAUGUGCCCUGUAACUCCUGCCCUGGGGCUCUGUGAGCGGUGGGGUGCCUGAUGCCUGUAAUCCCCAUUCCCCGGCGGGUCCGCUCCUUCCACGGCCCCCACACGACCUGCCUGCACUCUGCCUGCGGGCCGGUGAGAACCACUCACCUGGUGCGCACCAAGUACAACAACUUCGACAUCUACCUGAAGUCCCGCUGGAUGUACGGCUUCAUCCGCUUCCUGCUGUACUUCAGCUGCAGCCUCUUCACCUCCAUCCUCUGGGUGGCACUCUCCAUCCUGUUUUGCCUUCAGUACCUCGGCAUCCGGAUCUUUCUGCGUUUCCAGUACAAACUCUCCAUCAUCCUCCUCUUACUGGGGCGCAGGCGGGUGGACUUCAGCCUGAUGAAUGAACUGCUCAUCUAUGGGAUUCAUGUCACCAUGCUGCUGGUGGGGGGGCUGGGCUGGUGCUUCAUGGUGUUUGUGGAUAUGUAAAUAAAAACCAAGCGCAUGUGGGCUGAGGAGGUGGCUUUUCUUCUACCCCCAAAAGUGUCUCAAUAGCUUCCUUUCUUUUUUAUAGAAAUGAAUCGGUUGUGCUGAUUUUUAUUGAUAAAUCAACCUACU